AUGAGUGAUAAAGCUGUCGCAUCUCUAAUUACAUUACCUGCCGAUAUAAUCUGUCGAAUUCUUGAUAAUCUUACUCGACUACAAAUUUUAUUAUCGGUUCGUGAUGUAUGUACACAGUUGAAUACUAUUACAGACACUUAUUAUCCAUAUCAGACACUCAAAGUUCUAUAUCUUACGGGAAAUGACAUGCGUGCGGAAGAUGCUCAGCAUUUUGGCAAUGCAUUGCAAUAUAAUACAACACUUACCACUCUUGAUAUGCAAAAGAAUAGAAUCGAUGCUCAAGGCGCACAGUAUCUAUCCAAUGCAUUACAAAUUAACAAAACAUUGACAACACUCUAUCUUCAUAGCAACAGUAUCGGCGCUGAAGGGGCACAACAUCUUGCCAAUGGAUUACAAAACAACACAACACUCACAGCUCUAUAUCUUUCAGCAAAUGGAAUCGACGUUGAAGGCGCGCAGUACCUUGCCAUUGCAUUGCAACGUAACACAGUAGCCAUUAUCUCACAACAGGCACUCACAAUGUUAAAUCUUAGCUUGAAUAAAAUCGAUGAUCAAGGUGCACAGUAUCUAGCCAAUGCAUUGAAAAAGAACAGAAUACUCACAACUUUGCGUCUUUACACAAAUAAAAUCGCGGAUGAAGGUGCUCAACAUCUUGCGGAUGCAUUACAACAUAAUAAAACACUCACAAGUCUAGAUCUUGCGCAAAAUGAAAUUAGCGAUGAAGGUGCUCAACAUCUAGCCAGUGCAUUACAAAAGAAUACAAUACUGUCAAGUUUAGACCUUCGUUGGAAUUGUAUUCGGUCUAAAAAACAAAAAUAUUUAAAGAAAACAUUCAAUACUACUUCUCAAAGAGUUCUAGUUGAAGAAUAA